AUGCAAUUUAUGAAACCGUGGUUUCGUAACGGUAGCUUCUGCCACACCGUGUCUCGCUCCUUUUUAUUAACCUUAAACCCUAAUAACCCUUUCAUCUUCUCUUCACCAAUUCGCCCUCUUUCAUUCUUCUCUUCAUCAAUGGCGUCCACUCACUUUUCUUCAAGCUCCGCUCUCUCUCUGGAGAAACAGUUCGGCGAGUUCAGAACUCAACUCGAAGAAUCCGGAACCGUGCGCGACCGAAUUCGAACCGUCGUUACACAAAUCGAGUCCACCACAAGACUCAUGUAUGCUAACAUUCUUCUUGUUCAUCACUCUCGCCCUACUCCAGAACUUUUGGAGAAGGCUAAGUCUCAGAUUGAUGUUCUGAAGGACAAGUACAAGCAACUUGCUGAUAUUCUUGGAGGAUGUACUGGUCAAUACUAUAGGUAUCAUGGUGAUUGGAAGAGUGAGACGCAGUCCGUUGUUUCUAUGCUUACUUUUAUGCACUGGCUUGAAACAGGAACGCUUCUCGAACACAAAGAAGCCGAGGAAAAACUCGGCUUGAAUGGUCCGGACGAGUUUAAUCUAGAUGUUGAAGACUACCUAGUUGGUGUUUGUUUCAUGUCUAAUGAAUUGCCAAGGUAUGUGGUUAAUCAAGUAACAUCUGGUGACUAUGAUUGUCCAAGGAAAGUCCUAAAGUUCUUAACAGAUCUUCAUGCUGCAUUCCGAAUGCUCAAUCUACGAAAUGAUUUUCUGCGUAAGAAGUUUGAUGGCAUGAAGUAUGACCUAAGAAAAGUAGAGGAGGUUUACUAUGAUGUUAAGAUUAGGGGUUUGACACCCAAUGGUGAGUCUAUUGAAGGAGUCAAAGAACAAUCUUAG